ACGGCUACAGCUUGGAAGGUAUGCUUUCUGUGGGGAAGCACAUGAUCGGAGAGCAGUCACUCCAGCAUCAAUAAAAAGUGUCUCACAUUCACACCCUUCGCCUUUCUUCCUACGUUGUGAACCCUCUUUCAAAAAACUACAUACUAUGAUCGGCCAACCUGCAGACUCCAUGGUCGAUGACGAAUUGAUACAUGAUAUGAUACCACCCCACAUUCCAGUGGAAAUGGCUGUGGCGCCAGAGCACAACCCAUUGUCCCAUCACCAUAUCGUCAAAGCGCCUCCAACUUCCACACAAGGAAAGCGACAUCAACAUACGUUGAGUCCGGAAAAACUAGGGGUUGUGGGCUAUGUCAAGGAUGUCGCCGGGUUUGUCACAGAUUACGUACAAGACAGCCGAGAACGGCGACGAAAAUCAAAGGAUGCCGCCUCGCCUGAACAACGCUCUGGUAUCACCGAGCCCCUCAGUCCAACGCAAGAAAGCAAUAGGCAGCUUGAGAGACGGUCAUCUACUCAAGAAACUACCGAAGACGAGGCGGUUCGACAACCGAAAAGUCCACUCGCUCAUGCCGUUGGCCAAUUAUUUCCAGGUAUUCAUGCGUCUGAUCAAGACCACGCAUGUGUACAUGCGGAUGAGAUACGAUCAGAGAUGAUGCGAACUCAAGAUACGUUUAGGGAAGGGGAGCGCGGUUUGGUACCGAAGUGACAGUCGGAUGCAAUACUGAGGUGAUCGGCAAUCAGGUUUUUCUGGGGUGACAAUUUUUGAUGUUCUCUCGGGUGUGAAACCCACCUAUCAAUAUUCUAUUGGAAAAAUUUACAAGGAAUAAAAAAAAAAAAAUUGGAACGUAAAAAUGCAGUAGAUUUCCAUCUAUUACAUAAUAAUCUAUGAUGGCUAUGUCGUUGUUAUUACACUUUGGAACUAGAAAUUAAUUUUUGUCAUAGUAUAUGGAAGUCGCUUUGGAAGCCGUCUAUUAAAGGUAAUAGUCAAUGACGAUGAAUUCCGGCUCUCUGGGUUUUUUAAAAC